AUGCACGGUCUACGAGAAAAUCCAACCGCGUCCCAAAAAAAUGGAUUGAUGAUGUUGGAAGACGAGGAAAUCGGAAGGCCCCGAACAAUUAUCGUAGUGAGUUAUGAGGAUUUUUUUUUUCUCUUUUCCUAUGAUCCACGACGUUUAUCUAUCAUUGUAGAGAAAAUGCAAGAAGAGGAUUUUUUUUUUCCGACCGAGAAAAAAAAAUUGACGAGUCGUUCGCCUUGAUAGUGGAAGAAGAAUGAAAGAAAAAACUUUGAAAUCGGUAAAUUUUUCAAAAAAAAAAGUCAUAAUUAUUAUUACUAGACAAUUCCCCUUCCCUGUAAGAUUAAAUGGAUUUGAAUAUGUUUGAACUUUUCACAGUUUGUUUCCGAAUUGCGCGAAAUUCGCUCUCGACUGUAUAUGACUCGCGCUUAAAAUAUAAGAAACCAUGAUACUUGAUUGCAUCUCUUCGAAAUCCACAGCUUCUUUUCGAGCCAUUCCAAAUGCGACUAGAUAUUCGAGAUUUCGAGUAGGGUUACCGUAGGAGAUCGAUGAGAUAUUCAAAUUUUUAUGAGUUAUCGGUUUUUUUUAAUUUAACUAAAUCCUUUAAUUUUUUCGUUUUGCAGAGAUUUGAUAGUGGUUUGAGUUUCAGCGUUUCUCUGACCUUUUGGAAUUUCCCUUGAGCUAUCAUACCAACCAAAACCAUUAUUUAUCCCCUCUUGAAACAUCAAAAGUGUCCAGAGUACUGUAACGACCUCUCAAACUUCGGGAAGUCAGGUGAACUUUUACCUCCUUUCGAGACUGAAAGAAUGAUGGAAAGUUGAAAAAUAUAGAACGGUUUGAGCCAAUUAUUGCAUAACUAGUGGCGGGAGUUCCGCGGGAACGGCGACUCUUCGAAAAAGGGCCACGCCUUCUCCUCACGCGUGGCGUUUACUCUUUGGAACUUCCAUUAAUGGGCGCAUAACUGUCUCCCGUUGGGUCGGCCCGAGUGAAAUCGUCCGAUUAGUGGACUUUGUUUAUGGCCUGCGGUUUAUUCAUUACUCCCGUUGUUGUUAUUUUAGCUUGUAGUAUGUUUGAUAAGGCUUGAAGAAAGGAAAUCCUCUUAGUUUCAAAAUAUUCCCCGAAUUUCUUGAAAACGUCUUUGUUCUGAAAUCAAACUUCAAAAGUAGGAGUUCCACAGCAGUUUCUUGAAUAACACCCUUUGUUCAAGCUACAAAGUUUUGAAUUUUCCUCCCAUUGGUCAAAUUUUUUUUAGCGUGUUCUCGAAAAAUUUCUUCAAACCAUGAUCUACCUACUUUAAAAGUUUCUGAAAGUUUUCAAAAUUUUCUGUGACUUCCUCUGACACUUUUGAAGUUUUCCGAAGUUUUAAAAAGGUCCCUGAAGCUUUGAUCCUUCCUGAAAAGACUUGUGAUCAGAUCUAGUUUAUUUCAUACCUUGUAACGGAUAUUAGAAAUUUAUUUUCUGUUUUUUACAAUAAUUCUCCUUGCUCUAAUUGGAAAUAUUUAUCAUUUAUGGUCUUCAAGGUUUCUAAUCUAUCUGGAACGAUCGGCAUUUCAUUUUUCGUACUUUCAUUCAAAGAACCGACUUGAAUGAUUUUUAUUUUUAAAUUGCUGAUUAAAUGCGGAUUUUCUGAAAGCGAAAAAGUUGGUGUAAAAAUUAGGAUGGCACUCUUGGGAUUCAGCGGACUUCAAAUUUGAAAAUACUGCAAAAAAAUUAUUUUUUUCUUACCAUUCUUGCACGAAUUAUCAUCACCUGAGCGUUUUUUAUUCCCUAGGUCUUUCAUUUAAUUAUUCCAUGAGGACUUCAGUAUCCCAUCGAGGUCCGAAAGUUCAUCAGCAAACCCAAAAAGGCUCUCAAAAUUAAUCUCUGAAGCUAUAGUUCCACUGACCGGUUUUAACUUCCUUUUCCGCUGUCUUCAUGAAAAUUGCUACUUUUCACAUUUUUAUGAACUUUCCCAUCUCCAAAAUAACUGGACACUAUCUAGAGGAAGAUAUAUAUUUAUUUUCGGCCUCCUCGUUAUUUUUUGAUGAUGCCCCACAUUUUACCGCAUUUUCACGGCUCACCAUUGACAACUGGUUUCUGCUUUACGGUUUUUUGCGCUAUUUUUGAGAUUUUGUUUAAAUGACCUUUCUCUUUGUAUCGAGAGGUAUCCGGUUCAUCGGAAAAAAAUUUAGGCAAAAUAGCCGCGUCAAAAAUGAUCCAUGGCUAAUUGGUUGAAUUUAUAAGUUUUUUUUAAUACUUGCAUUUACUAGGUUCAAUACCUGAUAUUGGUUUCAUUCACAAAAAAAAUGUUGAAUUUUCAAAUGCGAAUGCUUCAUUUUCUUCCGAAUAUCGGAAAGAUUAUCCUUAGAGCGCAUAUGAAAGCAUUUUUGCGGCUGUUUUGACGCAACACUUUUUUAACCUCACAAAGUAAGUAACUUUCCCAAGAUUGGAAUAUUUUACAGAAUUUUAAAAGAUUCAAUUGAUACUUCAGGAAAAAUUGCGGCCAUUUUCAGAAAAUGAACCGGGUUAAAAUCUUCAAGUUGAAAACCGAGUGUUGCGAUUUUUGAUUUCGAGGCGUUCCGGCGCGGUGAUUUUUCAAGUUCAUGAGGGGGCAGGAAAUCCGAUCGACGAUGAAAUGAAUGGCAUAAUGAUGAUCCGGAAGCGAACGGUUCCGGGGAGAAUCAGAGCGCGACGCAGCGGCCUCCCGUUACAUCACCGGUCGGAUUAGCGGCUAAUUAGUCCCCUGGCCACGCCCACUUUUACCUGACAGUCUAGCUGGAUGUGAACAAACUUUUCCGAUUAUUACAGAAGUUGCUAAACUGUUUUAUUUCUUUUUUUUUCAGUUUGUUUUCCAGAAUUUCCGAAACUUUGGUAUUUACUAUAAUGAAUUCAGGAAAAAUAUUUUUAAUAAAAAAAAUAGUUUUAAAUCUUUUAUAAUCUGUUCAUAACCACUUGAGACUGGACUGCGCUUGAAUUUUUGAAUUUCAGUUGUUCUUCUGGAAGCCGAAAUUCAGACCCACCGCAGAGAUGGAUGGACAAAUACGCUCCAAGGAGUUCUUGAUUAUAGUGAAAAUGAUGAACAAUGAAACAUUUUCUUUGAGGUUCUUCCUUUCUAUGUCUCCAUAGAGGCUUGAAUCUUCCGGAGGACGAGUAGAAGCUCAUGAUCACUAUUGGGGUCACUAGAACUUUUUUCAUUGAUUGAAAUAAAAUUCUGGGUUUACCAUAUGAGUCCUGUCAUAUUUUUCAAGCGCAAACGGUCAAACUUUUUUCUAUGAAAUAAUUUUGAAGUUCGGUUAUAUUCUCAAUGAUUUCUUUAAAGCUCCACACAGCCAUAAGUUGAGUCAAACCAAGCUAAUUUAUUGGGAACUGACCGAAAAUGUUGAAUAACUGUACGACGAGGUAGGCGGGGCGGAACAGGAAGGGCCAUCCAUUGUGGAGGGAGAAAAAUGGCUUCCGAAACGAACCGUUGAAUCAAGAGCCUUUGUACUGGUUAUGUCGCCUCUUUCCGUUUUUUUCGCCAUUUUUGAUAAUUUCAGGGAUUUUUUCGAGUUUUAAUCCGGAGGAUCCUUGAGUACUUCCACAGAAAAUAGUUUCAAAGAUCAUAUUUUGGUCUAUUUUCAAAUUUCUCUGAGAAAAACCUCAAAACGUUGAAGUGUACGAUCCAGCAUAUUUUUCGUGAACUUCCGAAGAUUUAAUGGGACUUGUUAUCUCGAGAAGCCCCUAGAGUGGUUGACGAAAAUAAUUAUCUAUAUGAAAGUCCUAUUGGAUUCUCUAGGGCCACUUAUUUUUACAUGAAUUUUAUUUUUCUACACUUAAGUGACCAUUUCAAUUUCUUGAAAAUCGUGGGUGACCACUUUAAGACUCUUAAAAAUUCCCAGCUUUUUAAAAAUCUUAGAAACUUCCCUUUUGAUCAAGAUUUGAGUAGAAUAUCACAUAAUUUCUAAAGUUUUUAAUUCGAAUGUCCUUAGAAACUUUUAUAAACUAAAAAAAACUUUGCCUAGUUCAAGGCUAGUACUAAAAUGAGCGGGAAUGAACAGAAAUCCAAGCUCAUUUCCGUUCAUUUCCACUGUUUAUUGGACACGUUUCCGGUCAUCUGGAAGAACUAUAGUCGAAUUUCUUCUUGAGUUUCAACCCCCAUUUAUUGUUUAUUUCCGAUUCUCGAAAUUUCAAAACCAAAAAGACCUGGAAAAACCGUAUUUGUCGAGCUAUUAGGGGAAACCCGCGUAGGUUGUUGACUCAGAAAAUGGUUCUAAUAACUUGCGCGGGUGCCGAUUUUUUACACGCUUAACUAUCAAAAUCGCGACAUUAUCUCGUAAAUUCGUCGAGUUUACGGCUUAAUUCACACGUGGUGCAAAUUGCGGAGUGAACUUGGCAUUUUACGAGCAAAAUUAGAGAAGGAAUUACGAUCAGCUCGCCAAAUUUUUAGAGUACGCUGCAACUUUGCUGAGCAGCUCCAUUCAUACCUGAAUAUUUUUCUCGAUUAGAAAUAAAAUUUUUCUUGAUUUAUUUAAUAUAUUGAAUGAGGCUCUGAAGCACUUUUUUCGCACCUCACAAGGGAGAUCAUUUUACCUUGUGCUUGGUAAUUACUUGAAAAUUGGCCACAACAUUCUAGGAUUUACCAGAAAAAAUCCUCUAAAUGUCCACUUGAACAAGUUUUUAGUUUUUGAGAAACAAGGCUCAAAACCCAGAAUGGCCCAAGUUAUACAGGUUGAAACUUCCAAGAUCUUUGUCUACAAGAUCAAUAAGUGUUUUGGCCGUUUUUAGGAAUAUCCAAAGCUAAAGCAAUAUGACUUUCCGCCGAGUUCAUGCGAAUCUAAAAUUGUCAAAAUGAAUUUUUACUCUUCAACACGAAAUUUGAGAUAGAAUAGACUGUUUUAUUCUUUCAUCCACGAACUUUUCCCAUUCUCGGCAUUGAAUCUUCGAACCCAAGCCGAAACCUCUCACUCAUUCAGAAGAGAUCUUUUGUGCCUGAGGCGACCGCCGACCGGCACCAACCGUCCGUUUUUUACAGAGCUCUGAUUACUCACCGACCUACGCACCUCACCGAAAAUUGCCCACUUUGUCCUAUCAACCCUACCGAAAACAGGGCUUUUCAUAAGAAAGACUCCGCCCAUUCGCUCAGCGUUCCCCCGACCCACAAGGGAGGUCAUUCCACUUUGCACGCUGGAUUUUCUGAAACUUUGCUCAAAUAGGUCUUGAUUUGUUAGAAAAAGAUCCUCGAAGUCUCAGUCGAUAAACUUCUCUGCUUUUUUUUUUGAGAAAGGAGGUCUUGAAAAGGUCCUUUUUCAGUACUUUUCGAGAAAACGGAUUUUUAGGGGUGCUUUCUCGAAAAACUAGUAAGUUUUGCGGUUGAGAAUUUUCAGAAUCGUUAUUGUAUACAUCGAAAAACUUUUGAACGAAUUUGGGGAAAUUUUCAAGUUGAAAAUUACUUUCCUUCUUGUUUGGAGCAAAGAUUGGCACUGGAGACGGGUUUUUAGGCUUUUUCUUAGUUAUUUCAAAGUUCUAUUCUUCAUUUUCACUAGAUUCUUUUCCUAGAAAUGCCUAAGAUUCUCAAAAAAAGUGAAAAAAAUUUUUUUCACAAUAUUCAAAGAGUUUUUCAUUUAGAGCUAGUAAAAAAAUGGGUUUUUUUCAAUUCUCACUUUUAUCCGAACAUUUUUAUCCUUUAUUCGAAAAAGUUCAAUUUUCUUCACUUUUUUCUCUUAUCAUUCGUCUUCUCUUUCCGCGAUUAGAAACUCUCUCUCUUUUUGCUUUUUUGCGGCUUUAAAAUGUAAUUUUUGAAUCGAAGGAUCAACGAGAAAACAAAACCGAAGCUUUCCCUUUGAAUUGUUGUUUUUUCUCACACACGCGAAGACUGCAUUUGAGAGUGAGCGUCAGGCUUAGCAACACAAAAAGGACAGCGACCAGCCGUGCCCCAUUGGCGCAGUCGGUUAGCGCGUGGUACUUAUAGUCGAUAAGGCAUGCCAAGGUCGCCAGUUCGAGCCUGGCAUGGGGCAGUGAUGUUUUUGCCAUUUUUUUCGCUGACUUUUCAGCUGUGAUAGAUAAUUGUAAAGAUGGUUAAAGGGUUUUUUUCUUAAGAAAAAAAUUGAUUUUUUUGCAUCAUUUUUCGUCCAAAAAUGUGCGUCUGAAGAAAUUUUUCUGAUUUUUUAGGUUUUAUUCUUAUUUUUUUCAUCGUCAUAAAUCAUUCAUGAGUAUUUUGAUUAAUUUUAAGUAAAUUCCAGAAAAGGAAAAACAGUAGAUACAAUAUAAUUUCAUGUUUGAUUCGAUUUUCAUCAAAUAGUUCUAGUUUGGCUUUGAAAAUGUUUUCAAAUGAAAAAAGGAGUUUUUACGGUUUCUAUGUGUUGUUAAAGCUCAUCAAGUGCAAAAAAUUGAAGUAGCAGGAUUUCGUAAACAGCCUCCGUCAAUUUCAAGCUAUUUCUCCAAACUUGUACUUUCAAGCUGUUCUGCGGGAAUUUCCACCCCAAAAGUCGCAAUCUCAAGCCUUAAUGUACAUAAAUCGCGAUUUAUGAAAUCGAAAAGAGUUCGGGAAAAAAAACCACCUCAUCCUCGGGAUCGUCACUUGUCAAAGCCGAAAACGAAGUCUGAGUGCUUUAGAUCGAGACCGAUACGGUGCUGGUCGGCCUGUCGACGCCUCCAUUUUCCCUUCCCGGCAACUUUUGUGUUCUGCUUCCGAUUAGCUGCUCUCCGUUGCGAAACAUCGUCUCCAGUGCGUUGGAAUCUGCUUUAAUUCAGGUUUUGAUUUUAACUUUUCGAAUUCGCGGAAAAACUGGGAGUUUUUUUUGUUCAGAAACCAAUAGAUUUGAAAAAAAAAUAGCUUCAAGUUGAUUGAUGGAAUCUGUAGCUUUGAUGAAACUUAUUUUUGAAGAUAGGUUCAGAAUCAGCAUAAAAAAGGUAUCCGAUGGUCUAGUCUCUUUCAAAAGUCUCAAUGAGAGAUACAUUUUUGUUCUGAGGAAAGUUUGACCCCUGAAAGAACUGAUGGAGUAAAUAUUAGAGGUUUUUGGGUUCAUAGAUUUUUUUUUCGAUAUUUUGAAGUCCUAAAAAGCUUCUUAUCCCACCUUUUAUUGGAUUUAUUAAAAAAAAAAGGUCGAUCGCAUCAUUUUCCCUGUCCUCUCAAAAUGAAGUGAAAGCAUUUCCGGAUCAAGCUUUGCACAUCGAAAUCAAAUCAAACAUCGCGCACUCAUUCAUUUUUUUUCUUCUUCCUUUCUCAAUUUAUCAAUUUUAGUUUUGAGUUUCAUUACAAUAUUACUGAAUAAGGAACUGAGUAAAGUGAGAGUCUAGUGGUUCGGACGACAAAUAGCCCAGAAGAGCUCUUGGCGAAGAAGGGGAACCGACCAGGAACCCUGGGAACUCCUACUUGACGGUUUGACUACUUGUGUGGAGUAGGAGUUGCACUGGGAACUCUUGAACUUAGUUUUGGAAGUUUCGAAACUCUGCUUUGAGUUAGAGCCGAUUUCAAUUUGUUUCAGGCCAAAUUUCUUGUGAUAGAACGCCUAAAAAUUCGCCAUGAAGCUUAAAGGUUCCUGAAAACUUGGCUCUUACUCGACGCUUCCUCUACUUGUAUAGACUAAACAUUUGUUUAGGAUCUCUUGAACAUAUUUCUGGAAAUUUCAAAGCUUUUACUCAAGUUCAAGGUCACUCUAACAUGUUCUAGGUAGCAAAAUGAACUUUUACUAAUAAAAUGUUAAAUUUGGAGCUUGAAAGCCUUUGAAAAGUUGGCUUUUACUUGACGGUUAGAUUGAGAACUCUUGAUUCUAGUUUUGGAAGUUUCGAAGCCCUGAUUCAAGUUACAGGUAGUUCCGAUAUGGGUCAGGCAGAGUUUUUUGUGACCAAAUGCUUGAAAGAUUGCAUUGGAGCUUGAAAGACUCCAAAAAAUUGGCUCAUUAUGUUUUUAAGAACUGAACAGUACAUUUUCGAGUGAUUCUUUAGUGUUCACCUGAAAAGUCUCAAUCCCGCGACUAGCGGCUCAAAAACUUUCACAAAAAAAGCAAAAAGUCUCUCCGGCUCGAAUUAGAGCCGAUCCAGCGCAUCCCAGAGCUCAACCUUUCUCAUUGCGUAGUGUUAUGUUUGACGGGGGUCGGCAUGAAGAAGGUGGCCGAAUGAUGUUCUUCGCUCCCCCUUCCCCGGUCUGUCCAUUUGCAUAAUUCGACAAAUAACACACACGGAGACUGUUCGAGUGGCCGUUUUGCCGCGGCCGCCGGAGGGGGAGAUUUUUGUCGGGUCUCAGGUAAAUUAUGUCGGCUCUCUCGAAAGCCAUCCGGCCCGGCCUCACGCUUCACUUUUCACGCCUUGAGGCCUCGAGCACCGUCUCCAUUUCAUCUCAGAUCGUUUUUCUGGCCUUUCACGCCUCUUUUUCUUCUUCUCGUUACAGUAUGUCUUCUGACGUGGGAUGAAACGACAUUUUUUUGAGCUCAUAAUCCAUUCAAAAUCGAUUUCUUUCGCUUCUACUUGUAGGGACAUUGGUCAUACAUAGAAAAACCGUAGAUGGAUUGACUUUAAAACUUCGAAUUUUUCGAAACUUCCAGAGAAAUUUUUCGGAAGCUCAAGUUUUUUAACCUUCCAAUUUCUUUCCUAUUCAACUAAACAACUCGAACAGAAAGGCGGAGGAACAGGGAAGGAUAAGAGAUUACAGUAAUCCUCUUACUCGUUACUUUUGCCAACAUCUGUUCCCUUUCUAGUUUUCCUGAGACUUCUAUACGUUUUUUAGUUAUACUUUAUUGAUUUUUGGAUUUUUGUUCGUUUAAGUGGCAUCUAUAAGGUGUAACUUUUCAAUCAAGCUGAACUAUUUUCCCUCACGUAACUUAAAGUAGACCUGCUAACUGAAAAGAGAGAAAAAAUUUCCACUCAAGUGAACUCUUACGCUUUUCUCUACUCAAAAAAAUUACUCCAUUUGAAGCCUCACCAAUUUUUUUAUAUGGAAAGAUGUUAAUCCAUAAUUCUGAUUAAGAAAGUUUUUUUGGACUUUUUUUCUAUCUCAUUUCAGUCUAUUUUUUCACCUUUCAGUCUUUUCAAGCUUUUUGAUUUAUUUAUAAGAUCUCCGCAAAGCUAUCGACUGUGAUUCUUAAAAUUUCUGGAAGAAAAAAAAUCAAAAACUUCAUCAUUUUUUUAAAGCUCUGAACACGUUCCUGAUCAAAAUUAUUAGUUUCUCUUCAUUUUAGAUCACAUUUAUAUCAAUUUGACUAAAUUUCAAUCAAUUUUUCAUUUGAGUGCCUUUUCAUGAUUAUUUUUCAUUGGUUUUUGAAACUUUUUUCUGAACAAAUCGAACGAUUUUGAUUUUGAAGCUCUUUAAAAUGACCUGGAAAAAAAAACAUACUCUUAUCAAUUUUUGAGUUUAAAAGCCUUUCACACACUGACCAAAUUAACGACUUCCUUGAUUUUCUUCGCCUUUACUCGUUAGGAACAUGGUCAAGAUGCCGUUCUCAGGUGCGAUUGUCCACCCGUUUGCCUCCAAGUGUUUACGGCCUGAGCCUACCGCGCGACCUUCCCCCUUUUUCUCGCGCACCCUGGCAGACUCCGCCUACCUUUUUUUAGCGAUUGCCAGAUUUUGAAAAAAAAAAAUUUGAAAAUUGGCAGUGUAGUGGUUUCACUGGAGUGUUUUUUAAAGACAAAGCAACCCGAAAAAAUAGUUUCGAUAGCUCUAAUCAGUUUGAUAAUUUUAAAGCUUCUGUGCUUCAAUGAACUUCGAAGUGUUGCCUCAUACAAACUCAGGCCUCGGUAGCGCAAAACGGACUCGCUUCUUUUCAAGUAAUCGCUCAAGUUUGGUGAAGUUCACAAAGAGAUCACUAGGUGCUCAGAAAUGUCCGAUUUGCGCUACCAAGGUCCGAGAUGGUGUCGGUCUCGAGACGACCCCGUACUUCUGAGUGAUUACUAAAGUAGUUAACGAAUAUCAAGUGAACACUGAAAGGGUCAGAAAAAUUGAAAAGGGCAAUAUAUUUGACGCUUCUCUCGUUCCUGAGGCGAGAAAAAUACCGAUUGUCCAUCAAUCAAUGCAAAUUUUCCAAUUGAAACCCAAACCUAUCAAAUAAAAUCAACGAUUGUCCUUGGCAGGUGUUAAUUUAUUGUAACUGUUGAAAGGAACCUUCUUAAAAGUUCAAAUUGAACAAAGAGUGAUCCCUUAAGGGAAGGAAGAUAUAAUUUUUCGGAAAAUUUUUUUUUCUGUCAAUUAUCGGUCUCGAUUAUCUUGUAAAAUUAGAUCACGUUUUCAGAUUUUUAUCAAAAAAAAAGUCAAUUUUUCAGAAUGCGGUUACUCGCACUUCUCCUAAUGAUGUCAUCGCUCGUGAUGACGUCAACACGACGUCAUUUCCGGCACCGAAGACACAUGCAACCCCAAGAAGGCCUUUUUUGCGGCGAGAGUGCCAAUAUCCAGGGCGAAGUAUUUUUUGCCAUCCGACCAUUUUAUCAAACUCACCUGUCCAGGUUGA